AUGCAAUGGAUUGAUAGAGUUGAAAUGAAACAAUAUCAAGACUGUGCAGUAGCUGUAAGAGUUCCACGUCAUUUCGAUGAACCAGAAGAAGACCAACUUCAACGAGAAAUUGCUUCGAUGAGACAACUGAGACAUCACGAUCAUAUUGCACUUCUUCUCGGAUGGACAAAUAAGAAUGAUUUAGUUUGUUCACUUCUCGAACUGACCCAUAUGAAUCUCAUCAAAUAUCUAUCACAAAUCAAGGAAACAGCUGAACAGAAUAACUCAUCUGGAUUCACUCCAAUGAGUCGUAUUCCAUUUCAAGUUCUCUAUAAAAUAAUAUUUGAAGUUUGUGAUGGAAUCGAAUAUAUUCAUUCAAGAAAUCUUGUUCAUCGUGACUUAACUGCAAGAAACGUUCUUCUGACGACUGGGUUACGUGCUAAAAUAUCAGGAUUCGGGUUCUGCUCUGAACCAGAUGAUCCAAAAUUCACUGCGAAUUCACUUGCUCUUCGAUUUCUGCCAGUUCGUUGGCUUGCUCCAGAGUGUUUCAUUGGGAAAUUCAGUGUAAAAAGUGACAGCUGGUCCUUUGGAGUUCUUAUGUAUGAAAUAUUCUCAUUGGGUGAACAACCGUACGAAGACUUGUUUCGACCAGAAGAAAUAAUUGAAAGCAUUCGAAAAGGACGAGUUCCAGCGCAUCCAAAAUAUUGCUCUAAACAAACAUACAAAAUAAUGCAGAGCUGCUAUCAAUCAUUUAUGUCACGACGGCCUAAUUUCACUCAAUUGAAGAAUGCAUUCCAUGUCCAAUCUACAAAUUAUUAUCACAAUCCGGCAUUUGAGCCUGAUUAUUAG